AUGGAUGAUGAUAAUGGAACUGCAGUGACUGAAUUUAUUUUGUUGGGAUUCUCACAUUUGGGGGCCUAUAAACUUGUUCUCUUUUGGGGAGUAUUCUUUAUUUGCCUGAUCACCCUUUUGGGCAACUCUCUGAUCAUCACCCUUACCCUGCUUGACUCAGCCCUGAGCACUCCCAUGUAUUUCUUCCUCAGGCAUCUCUCUAUGAUAGAGAUUCUCUACACCACCACUAUUGUGCCUAGAAUGCUGACUGAUCUCCUCUCCUCACAUCCUGUCAUCUCUCCAGCUGGCUGUUUCACCCAGAUGUAUUUCUUUGCCCUCUUUGGCAUUGCUGAAUGCAGCCUGCUGACUGCCAUGGCUUAUGACCGUUUUGCUGCCAUUUGCCGGCCCCUGCACUAUGCCACAUUGAUGAACAGGCAGGUAUGUGUGGGUAUGGUGGGUGCUUCCUAUGUAAUGGGGAUCACCACAGGAACUAUCAAUACCAUGCUAGUUUUUGCCUUGCCCUUCCAUGGCACCAAUAUUAUACACCAAUUCUUUUGUGAUAAUUUGGCUGUUUUGAGGCUGACAAGUGGAGACACAUUCUGGGCUGAUUUAGGGAAUCUUGGUGGCACCCUGAUCUUUAUUGUUACUCCCUUUGCCUUGAUUCUGUUUUCCUAUGUCCGCAUCCUCAUUACCAUCCUUGGGGUAGCUUCUGCUCAGGGACGCCAAAAAGUCUUCUCUACUUGCUCUUCCCACCUACUGGUUGUCACCCUUUUCUAUGGGACUGCUUCCAUUGCCUACAUGAGACCUGGAGCCAAUGCUGCAGAAGAUACAGAUCAAAUCAUCUCCCUUUUCUACACAGUUGUAACCCCCAUGCUCAAUCCUUUUAUCUAUACUCUGAGGAACAAGGAGGUGAUGGGAGCCCUGAGGCGAAAGCUAACAAAACACCUUUGA